AUGACUCGAGUUAAACGUGGUAAUGUAUCUCGUAAAAGACAUAAAAAAAUUUUAAGCUUGUCAAAAGGUUUCAGAGGUGCUGCAUCGACUUUAUUCCGUACAGCAAAUCAACAAAAUAUGAAAGCAUUACGUUAUUCAUACAGAAACCGUCGUCAAAAAAAACGUGAUUUUCGCCGUACUUGGAUUGCACGUUUAAAUUCUGCUGUGCGUCGAUAUGGCUUAAAUUAUAGUCAAUUUAUGAAUUAUUUAAAAACGCAUAAAAUUCAAUUAAACCGUAAAGUCAUUGCUCAACUUUCUAUUUGUGACCCAGAAGCAUUUAUGCAACUUCUAUUAUUUUAA